UGCAGGCAGAUUUUGAACAGCAUCCAGGAAGUAAACAUGACAAUUUUGGCAGCAUAGAACCUCAGAAGCAUUAAGAACGUUAAAAACACACAUAAACAGCAGACAUGGACCGUUUUUCGUGGUCAAAUGGGCUUUUAGAAAUCAAUGAGACUUUAGUCAUCCAACAGAGAGGCGUCCGGCUGUAUGACGGAGAUGAUAAGGCGAAGAUGGACGUUGGAGCCGCCCUGUUGAGCACACAUCGGUUGAUCUGGAGAGACGUCAAAAACCAUGAGUGCUGCAUAGCUAUGCCCCUGUCACAGAUCAUCUUCUUUGAAGAGCAGGCAGCAGGAAUUGGGAAGAGUGCAAAAAUAGUCAUCCACCUUCACCCAGCCCCUGCCAACAAGGAACCAGGCCCCUACCAAAACAGCAAGUACUCCUACAUCAAGCUGUCCUUUAAAGAACAUGGGCAGAUAGAGUUUUACAGGAGGCUAACAGAGGAGAUGACUCAAAAAAGAUGGGAGAAUACACCAGUUUCACAGCCCAUUCCUGCAGGACCUCAGGCAGGAAGGACACGCGCCGUGGGGAUUGUUGGCAUUGAGAGGAAGAUAGAGGAAAAGCGGAAGGAAACAGACAAAAACAUUUCUGAGGCAUUUGAGGACCUCAGUAAGCUGAUGGUGAAGGCCAAAGAGAUGGUGGAGGUGUCCAGAUCGAUCGCCAACAAGAUUAAAGAAAAGCAAGGGGACAUAUCAGAGGAUGAGACAAUUCGGUUUAAGUCCUACCUCCUGAGCAUGGGUAUCGCUAACCCCGUAACAAGGGAAACUCAUGGAUCAGGUACACAUUAUCAUCUGCAGCUUGCUAAGCAGCUUGGAGACAUGCUGCAGGCUCCUUUGGAGGAGCGCGGGGGCAUGAUGGCGCUCUCGGAGGUGUACUGUCUCGUCAACCGCGCUCGAGGGAUGGAGCUCUUGUCUCCAGAAGAUUUGGUAAAUGCCUGCAAAAUGUUUGAGUCUCUCAAGCUCCCACUGAGAUUGCGUGUAUUUGACAGCGGUGUGAUGGUGGUUCAGCUGCAGUCCCACAGCGAAGAAGAAAUGAUCGCGUCUGCACUGGAUAAUGUAUCAGAGAAAGGCUCUUUGACAGCAGAGGAGUUUGCGAAGCUCCUGGGUCUCUCGGUUCUUCUGUCCAAAGAGCGGCUGCUGCUGGCUGAGAAAAUGGGCCACCUGUGUAGAGAUGACUCUGUGGAAGGGCUGAGAUUCUACCCAAACUUGUUUUGAGCUGUUAGAAUCGUAAAUGUUGAAACAGGAAAUGUCCUGCAAAGUAUAUAUGCAGAUGAAUGCAAUAAAGCA